AUGAGCCGCCGCGUCCUCUCCGCUCUCGCCCUGCCCGCAGGGGUGUCCGUGGCCGCGGCUGCCGCGGGCUUCCAGAUCCUCUGCCAGGGAGUUGAGCACCCUGGUGAGAAAAAGGCCAGCAAGAAGGAGGAAAAGUCGACCGUGGGCUCAGCCUGUAAGGGCUGUAUACAGGCAGCCCCCAGGGACACGCCUGCUUGUCCCCAGCCGUGCAACCUGACUGGCUGGUGGGAGAAUGACCUGGGCUCCAAGAUGCAAGUGUUCGAGGUUGGCAGGGACGGAACCUUCUCUGGAGAGUACCACACCGCCGUGUCAAGCACCCAAAAACCCAUCCAGCCGUCCCCACUGACUGGCUCCCAACACCUGGAUGAGGAUGGACAGUGCACCUUUGGCUUCACUGUCAACUGGAAGAAGUUCUCAGACUCCACAGCUGUCUUUGUGGGCCAGUGUUUCAAUGGGGAUGACGGGAAGGAGGUCCUGCACACCUCCUGGCUGCUGCGGGAGAAAGUGGACUCGGAGCCGGAUGACUGGAAAGCCACCAGGACUGGGCGCAACACCUUCACUCGAGCGGGCUGA